AUGGCCCCCGAUUCGAGCAUCACCGUCGACACGUCCAAGAAGCAAAGCCCUAUCCGCAAUGCGGCCCAAGGCGCAACGCUCAAGGAUCAGCUUCCUCCUGCCAAGUCAAGCCAGACAUAUCCUCCACAGAGCUCAGCCGAGUCAAAUGCCUCACUGUUCUUCGUGGGCACGGCAACCACGAUCUUGGAGUGGGAGGGUCUCCGCCUUAUGACAGAUCCCAACUUCUUGCAUGCUGGUGACCACGUCCAUCUGGGACCCGGUGUGAGAGGGACGCGGAAGACGAACCCUGCGGUUGACCUGCACGAUCUACCGCACGUUGAUCUGGUCCUCCUGUCGCAUUAUCACGCCGACCAUUUUGACCAGGAAGUCGAAGCUUCGCUACGUCGAGAUCUGCCCAUCAUCACAACACCCCACGCCCACAAGCAUCUGGCGCACAAGGGACAUGGCGAAGCCUUCACGGCAGUGCAUCCCCUUGACGCGUGGGAGAGUAUGUCCGUAAAUAUCACCUCCUCCGCCGCGCCCACCAAAUGUCCUCAUCUUCGCGUGACCGGCAUGCCUGGGAAACACGUCGGCGAUGGCCUCCUCGCCAAAGCGAACGACAUCCUCGGCGCGAUCCCACCUACCAACGGGUGGAUGUUGGAACUCGGAUAUACUAGUGACGCGUCAGGCGCCGAUUUCGAGUGCGGAUAUCGGAUUUAUAUCUCGGGUGACACUCUCUACGUCUCCGAGCUGGAGAAGAUACCCGAACUCUACACGCACGCGGGCAAACCGAUUGAUUUGAUGCUGAUACAUCUGGGCGGAACAACUGUGCCGGGCCCGCAUAUGCCCUUGGUGAUGGUGACCAUGGACGCCGCACAGGGGAUCAAGUUGGUGAAGCUGGUGCAGCCGGAGGUUACAGUGCCAAUUCAUUACGAUGACUACGACGUCUUCCUCUCGCCGCUCUCGGACUUCAAGGACGCCGUCACCAAGGCCGGCCUCUCGGACAAAGUUGUCUAUCUCGACCGGGGCGACGAGUUCAAGUUCCGCGUCAAGUGA